AAACCGUCUCACCUCUAUUCAAAAAGCUCACUAUCACACUCUCUCACUCACUUUGUGCGUGAGAAAUGAGUAUCUCACGUGCGCUCUUCUCACUUCACUCUCACCGUUGAGAGUGCUCCGCUAAGUAACGGCUGUGCCGCAGAAAUCGAACCCCUCCUACGACACUCAUCACUAGUUGAUGGAAGAGAUUUGAGUGACCUCACCGUGCUCGGUUCGCUCACGUCUCGUGCUGCAGAUCGUGUUUUAUUAUCGUUCCAAACACAAAAAGUGACAAAAAAACUCCACUCACAGUACUGUGAGGCUCUCAACGCACUGUGCAAUGGUAAAAAUGGGGUUGGUGUUUCGAAGAAACAGGUAAACUCUGUUCGUCGGCUAGGUUCAUCCGAUUCCCUGUUUCGUGCACGCGGGGGGUUCACGCGGCACUCAUUAGAACGCACCCGAACGCCGACCGAAGACUCGCACGCAUAUCUUUGCGCUGGUACCGUCCUCAGUGUGGAAAGAUACGUUCACGGUAACACGGACGGAUGGACCAUCGGCGACAGACUGGUGUCGCGCGCGCGUUCGUCACGUAUUUGCCGCUAGCCGCACGGAUUUGUUCUUCACCCAGUGCUGUUGUGCAGCCCACCGUCAGUCGGUGCGGAUUUUUCGUGUCGCGACACACUUGAGAAUCGGUCGGUGAAAUUCAUCUCGGACGCGGCGUGUUUUUUUUUCGGCGAAGGGUGAUUAUUUCAAUUUUGCUGAUAAUGCGCCCCGGUGCUUCAGCGCUGUUGAUCGACGUUUAUGAACAGCAGUACGCUUUGAUGGUGGAACCAAUAGAUGUGCGCUACAGCUAUAGCUGUUGAGUGGGACAGCUUUGCGUGUCAGAAAAAAGUUCUCCCGAAAAUUGUUGAAAUCCAAGUGAAAUAAGAAAAAUGUAACACAACCGUCGGAUGACAAGCGAGCGAGCAGUUGAUGCAAAGUCCAGAAUCCGGCUUGUGUACGAUAAAAUAAUCCCAGUGCUAUACAACAUGUGAAGCAUAGUUCUCUAUGCUUAACAAAGUGUAUCUGUGUGUGUAUGUGUGUGUAGAAAAAGGUAUAAAAGUGAGAUAAAGUGAGAUAACGGCACAACGGAAACACAACCGCUAACGCUUGCGAGAGCCCGGUUUUGUUCUAGAAUUUGUGAAUGAGUUUUUCGUGUUUAUCGCCGGUUUGAGUGAAUUAAAAUUAAUUUAAAAAACAACAACGUACCUUGAAAAAAAAAAAUAACGCCAGCUACAAAUCGUCGACCACCGUCUGGAUGACAUUGCGGAGGCGCGUAGUCUUAUCAACCGUGCACAUCAACCAAGCGUCCACAUCAUCAUUGGCAGAGUGUUGGAGAUGUGAACUAAAAUCGAGCGAUUGAGUGUCUGAGGCCGUUCAGUUCACCUCACUACCGCCGGUAAUUGACAUUGUAGCUCGAAUGGACGACCGUAAGCCGUUCGUGGAUUGUUUCUAACAGAUUGAUUUCGUUUAAGCAACGAAAAGAGAUCGUUAUUCUGUGCGCGCGAAGAAGGACACAGCAGCAGGCAGAAGCACACUUCUUGCUGGAGUGUAGUGCUGAAGCGCUGCACCACUAGACUAGCAUUCAAUUUGUUCCACGCUCGGCUGUAAAACGCCUUUCGCUCAUCCCCAUCUGCAUCUGGCCGGGUGACGAACUCGAUGACGGCAACGGUGAAUCCGGUGAUCAAAGUGCCGGUACUGGAAAAACCACUCAACUCCGUCCGUCCGUGGUGGCCGUGAUUGGUGGUAGCGCGGCGUAUCUGCAACCGAGCGUGCGAGACAAUCACGAGGGUUGGUGGGGCAACAUCAGCAGGUGACACAGCUCCGGUGGCAAUCAUUUUUAGCUCCCUAAGCAGCCGAAGGGAAGAGUUUGAAAUUUGCUGCGUGCUUCUCGUCAGUGACAUUAUUAGGGUGCCUCAGGAGAGUGAGAGAGUGACAGAGGGAUAACGAUGAUACGGUAAUUCAAUCAAGCAGCUUGUUUCAUUUUUAUCCUCACUCUCUCCUUCUCUCUCGCUCACACUCGGACGGAGAUCCGGUGCAUCUUAGCUGUCAAGCAGCAGUAGACGGCUUUGUGCUCUGAGCGUGUUGCGUCUAGCACUGGAGAAUCCUAGAAUAUAGAGCCACUCUAAAUGUGCCAGACCGGAGUGGACGGUGGUAAAUCACUGUGAGAUUAAUUCAAUAAAUUCAAGCGUACAAGAUACUAGCCAGUCCAAGAACGAACGCAUGAUGUUUGAGGCCAUGGUGACCUGUCCUACACGCGCUCGGAUGUGCUAGAGGAAACGAAGUAUACCAGUAGCCGAUCGAUUGAAGUAAUCAAGCCUUUGGGGGCGAAACUUAUUUUCAACUCGAUCGUAAACCAACAGCGUUUAGACUCAUCAUCCUCAAAUCGACCAAAGAGAGAGCAAGAGGCCAGAAAGCGAAGGAAGCUCCCAGAGCUUUACGCAAUAGCUUACGUCACAUCGGUCCACACGUGCCACGUUUGCCAGUUCCUAUCACCGAUCGUACACAGGGAAUGGGGGUCUGAUCCUUCGGAGCAGUCCCCCUCCCCGACCUCCCCAUUUCCUGCCCAGUGUGCGUGCGUGUGCGAGUAGCUGUUUGCAUGUUGGAUGGAUUCGGCCACCAUCGCACCUGGCAGCAAGCAUCGCACGGACAUUGACGGGGCCGGCCGGACCGACGGCGUCCCGGUCGCCCUAACCGUGGCCACGACCGUCGCCAACCUGCUGCUAGCCAGCCCGAGCCCCGGCCUAGCCGCCGCCACCACCAUCACCACCUCCACCGCUUCCUGGGCCAUCACGACUGAAACUGCCGCCCAGCCGUACCACGUCUACGGCGCCAACCUGAGCUCUCUACCGUACCUGGAUGCGAACAGCACCGCGUCACUCUUUUCCCUGUCCCCGGUGGACGCAUCGACCCCGGCCCCGACCGGUACACCCAACAACGUGACCGUAUCCACGAUCGUGAUCAGCAUCAUCCUGCUGGCCGUGAUCAUCGGUACCGUGAUCGGUAAUGUGCUCGUCUGCGUGGCCGUCUGUCUCGUGCGGAAACUACGACGACCCUGCAACUAUCUGCUCGUAUCCCUCGCCAUAUCCGACCUGUGCGUUGCCCUGCUCGUCAUGCCGAUGGCCCUGCUGUACGAGGUGCUCGAAGAGUGGCGCUUCGGCGAGGUGUUCUGCGACAUAUGGGUAGCGUUCGAUGUGCUAUCCUGUACGGCCUCGAUCCUGAACCUGUGCGCAAUCUCCGUCGAUCGAUACUGGGCCAUCACGAAACCGCUCGAGUAUGGGGUAAAGCGAACACCACGCCGUAUGAUCGCUUGCAUUGUGUUGGUGUGGCUAGCAGCGGCAUGCAUAUCCCUACCACCACUACUUAUCCUUGGUAAUGAGCACGAAAUCAACGGUCAACCGGCGUGUUCCGUGUGUCAGAACUUUUUCUACCAAAUCUACGCCACGCUCGGUUCGUUCUACAUCCCGCUCGCCGUAAUGCUGUUCGUGUACUUUCAAAUCUUCCGUGCAGCGCGACGUAUCGUAAUGGAGGAGAAGCGUGCCCAGAAACGGCUCGAAAGUGCCAUCAACGGUGCGACACAGGUCGUGCAGCAGCAGGAGAAGAAACCACCGGGCAUGACGACGGGUGUCGGGGAGAAGGGCGCCAAGGUGACGACCAGCUCACCCCAGAACAAGCGGCUCCGGUUUCAGCUGGCCAAGGAACGGAAAGCGUCCACCACGCUCGGGAUCAUCAUGUCCGCGUUUACGAUCUGCUGGCUGCCGUUCUUCAUACUGGCGCUGGUGCGCCCGUUCAUGAAGGACGAUCAUCGGACGCUGUCGUCGUUCUUCCUGUGGCUCGGGUACGCCAACUCGCUGCUCAAUCCGAUCAUCUACGCGACGCUGAACCGUGACUUCCGCAAACCGUUCCAGGAGAUCCUGUACUUCCGGUGCUCGAGCCUGAACAACAUGAUGCGGGAGGACUUCUACCACAGCCAGUACGGUGAUCCCGGUUCGCAGCGGCUGGUCAUAACGAACGAUGGUGGGGCACGCGAGAGCUUUCUGUGAAGGCUGGGCCGGUGGCUGCAGUUGCACGAUUGAUGGCCGCGCAUGGAGAAACCUUCCGUUCGGCUACCGAUCGAAGUGCAACUAAAACGGGGGGAAAAAAAACACCCAAUAAAACGAACAAACAAAACCAAAUACACAUUAAUGCAGGCAACAAUCACGUAAGGAUGGCGCACCGCACCACAGUGGUCGGUGAACACGUAUAGUUUAAUUUUAGUCUUCCGUACUUUUUUUUUGUACAUAGAAGCGUAAUCGUAAACUAGGAACUAAUGCACAUCCCGCACAUCCUUUUCCGGAAUGCGUCCUUGUAGCGCAGCCAUUUCCAACACACACGUUCCCAUAACGAGUUCAUUUUCAUGUCUCCUAUCCCGGGGACAGUCAGUCAACUAGGGCACACACGCUCAAAAUCACCCAGAGAAACCGGGAAAGCGAAGUAAAUGUAAUAACUAACAUCACAUCCUUAUGGCGUGUGCAGGAAGGAAAAGAUUUAUCACUGUAAGAUUGUUGAAAAACCCCGAUCUUCUUGUAUGUUUUCUUGGUUGGGUCCGAAGCAUAGUAAUAGAGCGCACGCGAUCACUAGACACAAUGCAACGCCCAUAACACUUAGCAGAGCAAAAAAGCAGAUGUAUAUGUAUGUAUAUGUUUUGUGAUAUAUAUAAAAAGAAAACAAAGCGCUGCUAAGGCACCUAGGUCUGGUACAUGUGUUCCUUUUUUGUCGUGUGUGUGUGUGUUUGAGCGUGUAAGAAAAACAAACAAAAUCCUAACCAAAAAUAGUAAAUCGCAAAUAGAACAAAAGGGGGAAGGAAACACGCAAACCCCGGAAGCAGGACACGCACGCCAUUACUUCAGCCAUUGCCGGAAGGAUGGGCAAAUCACAACACAGAGCAACAACUGCCAAAACAACAAACACAGAUGGGAAGGAGUGGAACGACUCGCGUCAUACCCCGAGGCGCAAACUAUUCGUAUCAAUGUUUUUCGAGAAUACGAUCGCUAGGAUACGGUUCGAUCAAUGUUUGUACGAUGUACGUGUGUAUGUAAUGUAAUGUACGUGUUUUCUGAUGACCAGCCGAUGUGUGUCCGUUUUUCCCCCACCCUAGAAAGAGUGCGGCGUGUAUGUAUGAAUGUUUGUAGACUAGUUUCGAUGUUCUAUGUUGGGGAAUGCUCGUACAAGCAGGGGAAGGAACACGCCGUGAGGAGGAACUUUAGCAAAAUCGCAAAACCAGUAUUAAACAAACAACAAAAAACUGACGUAAAAGAGUAUGUUGAUUGAAGGUGUGGAAAUAAUGACGUUUCUUUGUCGAGGUGGACAGCUGUUGUGCAAAAGGGGAACCUACGGAACCGAAGCUGGGUUAAGAAGACACAUCGAGCUUUCGAUCUGGUGCGAAACGAGAUCAGUACUGACACAACACAAGUGUUUCGUUUGUUUUUGCUCCUUCCAUUUCUUUCUUUUGCUUUUCUUUCCAAAAUAAUAUUAAAUCAACCCUUCUACUUCAACGGCAUGAAAAAAUGGCACACGUCAACAAAUGAUAUUCUAGCAGUAAUUGAAAAAGUACGGGAUGUUUUUUUUUUUUUGCCGAUCGAAUAUCAGCAAACUGAUGACCAGCACCUAUAAAAAGGCGAUAGCGGUCGACAGUAAAUAUUCAGUACAAGCACCAGUUCAAGUUUACGUUACAGCGACAGCAUGCGCGCGAGAGAGAGAGAGACAAAAAGGGACAGGGCGAGCGCUAAGCAUAAUAAAUCAAAUCAUAGUGAAAGGUCGAACGUCGGGGGGGACACAAAAAACCAAAAUGUAAGAUAAAAUUCUACUCAGUUUAGUUAAUUAGCCUAUAAAUAUGAUGUAUAUUGUUUUUCCGUUUUUUUCUUUUGCUUUUGAUUCUAUUUUCACUGUGUAGUAGAAAACGGAUCAGCGAGAUGGUAAUAAACACUACAGCAGCCAAGCAAAGAAAAAACCAGACAGAUGUUGACUCCGAGGCGAUGCAAAUUGCAAACAGAA